AUGUCAACUGAUGAUGUUUCAAUGGAUAAUAAUUGGUAUUUUAAUCAUUGUGGGCAUGGUCCACAAGUUGCAUCAUCACUUUUCUUUAGACAUAAUACAGCUUUAGGUCCACCAUAUCAUAUAUUAGUCGAUACAAAUUUUAUAAAUUUUUCAAUUCAAAAUAAAUUGGAACUUAUACAAGCUAUGAUGGAUUGUUUAUAUGCUAAAUGUAUUCCGUGUAUAACAGAUUGUGUAAUUGCAGAAUUGGAAAAAUUAGGUCCAAAAUAUCGAAUUGCAUUACG